AAGGAAGUCUGCACUUGGCUGCCGGCACCUCCCUGAGCUCACCAUGAAGCCCCAGGGCCUCUUCCCUCUGGCAGUGCUUCUGGCUCUGUCAGCUCUGCUUCCUUGGACCGUGGAAGGUGCUGAAAAGAUGCCUGAGAAAGCUGGGCGCUGCCCUCCUAAGCCACAGGUCAUGUGCCUUAGAUAUGAGGCUCCUCAGUGCCAGAGUGAUUGGCAGUGUCCACAGAAGCAGAAAUGUUGCCCCGGUGCCUGUGGCAUCAAAUGCCUGAAUCCUGUGGACCUCUUUGCAUCAGGUAAGAAGCCUGGAAAGUGUCCGGUGGUCAACGGCCAAUGCAUGAUGCUCAAUCCGCCCGAUUACUGCCAGAAGGACGGCCAGUGCACGGGAAACUUAAAGUGCUGUAAGGGCAUGUGCGGGAAAGUCUGCAUAAGCCCUGUGAAGGGGUGAGGCCUGCAGUGCAGUCCCCUUUCUGCCCACUUUGAGGCUCACUGGAGCACUUCCGGUGAAGAGCAGGAGCACUUCCGGUGAAGAGCCGGUUUUCGAACCUUCUUGGGGGAACUUCCGGGAAAUGCCUGCUCAUCGUUGAAUAAAUAAACGAGUAUGUUUUCUUCUGCACACA